AGAAGGGCGGAAAAAACGAACAGCUGCAGUGGGUGGCGCACAGAAGUGACAAUCUCGUGCUUCAUAUAAUUAAUUAAGGCAGCAAUGUUAAAAUUAAUUAGACAUCUGCAAGAUUCAGAGCUGGUCGCUACCUUCCAAAGGAAAUGCGGUCUUUUAAUAAGCGAGGUAGAGCAUCAGGGUUGUGACCAGACGCACUUGGCCAAGAGCUACAAAAACCCGGACGCGACUGACAGCCACGGACUGAUUCGAAAGCGGUGUGUUAACGGGCAUACAAAGAAACAACAGAUUGCUGCAGAAGAGCACGACAGCAAUUCAAAUUAUAAAUAUGAGGCCAAUGGAUAUGAAGUGGUUGGUUCAAUGCAACCUCAGUAUGAGGUGAGGAACUUCCUGUUCUACUACCUGUUCCUGGUUUCUGCUAGUCUGGGACAGGAAGUUUUCUACAUCUCCUUCCUCCCCUGCAUUCAUUGGAAUCUUGACCCCUUCCUCUGUCGCCGACUGGUCAACAUGUGGACUGUGGUGAUGUAUAUUGGCCAGGUGAUGAAGGAUGUUUUGAAACUGCCGCGUCCACUCUCGCCCCCUGUGGUAAAGCUGGAGACACGCGUGAAUGCAGAAUAUGGCAUGCCCUCCACCCACGCCAUGGCUGCCACAGCCAUCUCCUUCACCUUCCUAUUCAGUGCCAUGGACAGGUUCCAGUUUCAGUUUGAGGUUGGACUUCUGGUGGCCAUAGUGCUGUCCACCCUGGUCUGUCUGAGUCGACUCUACACAGGCAUGCACUCUGCACUGGAUGUUAUCUGUGGAGCAUUGAUUUCAGUUGUGGUGAUGCUUGUGACAUACCCAGCGUGGGCGACCUUUGACCGGCUGCAGUUAACGCACCCCCUCUCCCCGGUAGUGGCACUGGUUCUUGCUCUUUAUCUGAGCUACAACUACCCAGAGCUGGACCAUUACAGCACCACGCGGGGGGACACCACCAUCAUACUGGGCGCGGGGGCUGGGUGCUCUGCAGGUUACUGGGUGAACCAGCAGCUUGGGCAGACCUAUGAGCCAGAGGGGGACUUCCCCAUGCCAUUCCCAUCCCUGACAGCAGGCGCUCUGGUUUUGGGAUGUGCCCGCUUUAUGGUGGGCGUAGCCCUGCUGGUGAUUACCAGGCAGGUGAUGAAGGCCCUUAGCCUGCUAGCUCUCUGUUCCUGGCACGACGUGUCUGUGCACGACGCUGAGGCCAGGCAGAGGAAAGAGAUAGAAGUGCCUUACAAGUUCGCCACCUACACCGCCAUUGGCCUGGUAAACACAAUCCUGGUCAACAAAGCCUUCAUUCUUCUGGGACUGGUUUGAAGGAAUGUCUUCAGACAAGAAAAAAAAAUGCUGUUUGAGUGCAUGUGCCUGUUGAGGCACAUGAGCAAAGAAGACACUGGUGAUAAUACUGUGCCUCAACAGAGCCAAAGACAUGACUGCCUCAGAUCUCUAUCACUUUCCUUAUUCGGUGAAGUUGUAAAAUAAACUGAUAUAUUUAUCCCAUCAAUACAAUGAAAAAUGAGCUUAUGACAAAUGUUAAAUAUUGUUUGUUACACUGUAUUUCAUAUGUGUGUAUGCUUAUGAAUGACUCAGGAAAGCUGUGUUGUGGCGCCUCGAUUAUGUACAGGGAGGAUGAAUGCAGUCUUAGCCAAUGCAGUGGCUGUGGGACUGAAUUGGAAGAAUAAAAAGAAAUAAAGCAAUUAUUA